AUCGAGAUACCGCCAAGAUGUCGCUGAAGAACGACAAGUUCCCCGCCUCGGCCUUCUUCGAGACCAUGAACCAGGUGCUGCAGUCCAGUGAGGCCGAGAAGAAGCAGGCGAUGGAUAUGGGUAAGGGCAUCUAUGCCUUUACGAUCAAGAACGCAGCCGGGGAGACGGACAGCUGGCACAUCGAUCUGAAGAACGAGGGCAAUGUCGCCAAGGGCACUGGUGACAAGCCUGAUGUCACCCUCUCCCUCUCCGAAUCCGACUUCGCUAGCCUCGUCUCCGGAAAGGGCAAUGCCCAGAGGUUAUUCAUGUCUGGCAAGCUGAAGAUUAAGGGCAACGUGAUGAAGGCCACCAAGCUGGAUCCUAUCCUCAAGCAGGCGCAGACCAAGGCCAAGCUGUAGAGGAUGCGGUUUGGGAUGCGAUAUGAUGGGAUGUGGACAGACUGGAACGGCCAGCCUUGGGGUUUUGGCUGAGUCAAGGAGGGACUACUUACUUGGAUUGAGCCCUGCAGAUGUUGGUUUAGAUGCCGGCGUUAAGACACACUCUUUAUUU